AUGGCGACGGUCCAUCGCCGCCCGUUAUCGAUGAAAGCCGUCCCCCUCAACCUCGGCUCGGCCGUCUCACCAUUCAAGGCGACCUCCAGCCAGACCAAACGCCCGCGGUCGCCGGAGGCUGGCGAGUUGCCACAGCUGUACUCGAAACGCCCAAAACCUCUUGUAUACCCUCAAGCGGAUGCCGAACGCAAGGAGAGAGAUCGCAGACGCGCGGAACGGGAGGCGCAGAAGGAGGAAUUCCGUGUCAAGUACCGGAAAGCGUUCCCGUCUUGGGUGUUUUACUUCAACUUCGAUGUUUCCGAUGGAGAUGCCGAGGACGUGAAAAUGCUCCAGAAUCGAGUUAUCAACCUUGGCGGUCGCGUGGAUGACUUCUUCUCGAAUGACAUCACCCACCUCAUUACCAACCUACCCAUUCCCGCAGAAAGCAAAGACGAAAGCAAGGAGAAUUCAAAAUCGCGUGCUAAAGUCGUGGCGCAUAGGAGCCCGAGUAAACCUAAGAACAGGGGCGAAAAGCGCCAAGCAGACGAUCUGGUGGUCAAAGAAGCCCUCAAGUUUGGCAUGAAGAUCUGGAACAUGUACAAACUCGAGAGUGUCCUUGAACGGUGUAUGCCUUCAGCGACUUCAGCGAUGCCAGCCGCGCAGCCAGCUGAGACGGUGGCCAUCGCUUCCGGGUCAACUCAACGAUCUCUGAGGGGUCUACUCGAGUCGGAACGAAGAGGCGGGCUUCUGGAACGCGAUCCCACUCAGAGGCGGCACGACUUCCGUUAUUUCUCCAAAGGAAGCUACUUCGUUCUUGUCGAAGAUAUGUGGCAACAGCUCGCUCCCAUAGCGAUACAAGAAUACGCUGUUAGAAGAGAUCGUGAUGGUACAGAACGAGGCGACUGGCCCGUAUUACACUGUCAUCCCCAAGCACGAGGUCCAUUCAUCGAGUUCGACGAGCGAGAACGGCGGAAAUGGGAGAAGCAAGAACGCGCGGAACGAGAGCAGGAAGCAGCACGCCUCAACGCCCAUAGGAGAUCGCUCGAACGGAAACGAAGGGAGGCACAGCUCCGUCUCCAAGCUCAGUCACGUAAAUCGGGCGACCUUCGCCGAACUGUCUCGCUCGCCAACCUCCAUCGACGCGAAUCCAACCCGGACGUCCCCGACGCCGACGCCGACGGGAGUUUUGCGCCUGAUUCCGCUAAUGCAUCCGGAUAUCUGGCAUCAGGUCCAGGAAACUAUAUGGCAGCGUCUGGGAAUAGCGUGGGCAUCACGUCUACGACGGGCACCACGUCGACUGCCGGGAGUGGCCUACGUGGUUUGCAACUGUCCGCUUCACUUCAGGACAAGCUCCAACGACAAGUUGUUACGUCACGUAAGGUGACAGGCAACGCCGAUGCAGACAAGGAGAACUCGGGCCUCAUGGGCCCCCCAUCGGUCAUUCCGGAACGGCGACAGGGCUUUCUGAAGAAGGCGAAGAGCACGAACACCUUGCGCUUGCCGAAGCGUGACGAGGGCAGCAAACCUGGCUAUUGCGAGAGCUGUAGGACGAAGUUCGAAGACUUCGCUAAGCACGUUAAUGGCAGCAAGCAUCGCAGAUUCGCCAUGGACGACGCCAACUUCGCACAGCUUGACGCCGUCCUCGCUCGCGUUACUCGCAGACCAUUGGAAGAUACGUAUGGCCCUAGUUGGAUACCUACUCAGUCUUCGGAAGAUGGAUAUGCGGAAACGGAGCUCGAGCUACAGCAGAGUGACGACCACAUGGACUUGUUGAGCGACCAUCUUCGAGAAGGGAGUGAUGACGUCUGGGUCGAGGACGCUACCGCCAUGGUCACUCAAGAUGAUGAUGAUGAUAAUGAUGUGGAGGAGCUAUAA